AAUUUCUUCCAAAAAUGUAAUUAUCUCAAACAUUACAAUCAGAUGCACGGUGAGAAAAUCACGUACAAGUGUCCACAUUGUCCAACGCAAUUUACCAACAAAUUAAGUUUCGAUAAACAUGUAGAAAGCCAUAUUAAACCGGCGCAGUAUUCCUGUGCAUCGUGUCAUAAAUCAUUUCACAAGGUGUACCAAUUAAAGCGUCACACGCAGACAAGUCAUAGCGGGAUGAUAUACCGCUGUCCCUUCUGUCGAAUGACAGCACGACAUAGACAUAGCAUGCGAAGACACUUUGAACGUCAGCAUAAUAACCUUCGAGAAAAAUGGGAUCAAUCUGGGUUUGUAAAUCAACUCAUUGAAAAAGCUCCAACGUUAUCGACUGAAGAGAUUCAUAUAUCAAAACAGCAAAACGAUGUAAUACAAGUGACAUACGAAGAUAUUAAUUCUAAAGAAUUCACAGGGAAACAUGAAAACAAAAGAGAUGAAGAUAUGUUGACAUCUGUGCCAGGAGUAGAGCAGAACGAAUUUACUCAACGAAUGGAAAACAAAACGACACAACUAAAUUCUGAACAAAUCGCUUGUACUCUGUUACAUGGACAAGAGAUAUUACUACAAGUGGCAGGAAUUGAACAAACUACUACAUCGGAUACUGCUGAUUUAUCAUUAACAGAAGUGCCGCAACUCAGUAUAAGUGAAUCGGAUAGCCGUCUAACAGAAUCUGUAUUGGGAAAUGCAUAUAUUUUCGGCGAGGACGGUGGUGAUAUAAUGUUUUACGUAUUAGAUAGUGGGCCAGUAACAAAUGAAUAUUAGCAAGAGGGCUCAUUUUUUCACUAUUACUGGGGUAUAAAAUAUAGCGAAAUCGUAUUAUUACGCUUAAUAUUAAAAAAACUUACUACUGUCAUUGGCAUACAAUGCAUGAAAAUAUCACAAUAAUCACGUAUACGUUUGAUUCGCGAUAUUAGAUCCGUAGCUGAUAUAUUUACGAGAAUAAUGGCUAAUUAUAUUUAACGAAAAAUUCCUACGUCGCGUUAUUCAACGAUCACAAAAAAAGAAAUAUACCACUGUUCAUAAUCCAAAAGAAAACUGUGAUAUCGAUUACACAACCAAGGCCUUGAAAUAAUACGAUUGCCUAGAAAGCCUGAUGCAUUUUAGAGUAAACGUGAAUGCACUUAUUAACUUCUAUGUAUACCAUUUCAAUGGAUAAUGAAUUUAAUGAAUUCAGUUACAGAGGCAGAAUCGUCAACGUUCACAAUUUUCAUUGCCUUUAAAUCAUCUAUUUAUGCAAGGUUAAUGUUGUGCAAUUUAAUUUUAGGAAUCAUUUUUCUAAGAAUCUUCGAUUUUCUACACUCCACAAUAAUGAAUGUUACCAAGCGAAAUGCAUAAGACUGAUUCAACUGUGAUAUACAUGUCAAACAUAUGCAGCAGAGAGGCGAACAUCUCCCAGAGUAUAUGUUAUGUGUAAUCUCUAUUCUAAUGAAAAUAAUACGAUGCUAUUAAGAUCAAAAAAGUGGUGUCUCGAUCUCCUAUACUGAAAGAUAUAAAUAAAAUUGGUGACACUGAUCGGUGUGAUAAUAUUUGGAUA